AUGCCCUCAAGAAUCAUCUUCCUCAUGGGCGCUCCCACAACCUCAAGCCUACAGUGGGAUGAAAGUGGUUUAUUGAGCACAUCCAUACCUCCAUUUCAAGACCCUGAUAUCCACGGUGUCCAUGAUGAAGCACACCAGCUACUUCUCAAGACCGAUUCAGUAAAGUGGAGGCUAUUGCAAAAUCCAAUCAUUGCAGAAACGCUUCCUCCAAAGCGCUCGUCGACUCUUACUGAUAGAGCCCAAUUCCUGACAACUCAUCAUCUUGCAACGUCUGCUGGUACACGAACAACCGGGCCAGAGGAAUCGGAACUCUCCAAGUUUUACGAUCACUCAUUCACUGUGCACGAGACAUCAGAGAUAUCUGCGAACGCCCCCGCUGGAGAAUCUGGUAUAGAGAGUGGUCUUUGGACUGAAAGCACUCAGACCUCUGUUGUGAGCAACGAUGAAGGAGAAACCUUGAAGUUCAGGCAGUCUGUUUCAGGUGGCCUCACAAACCUACAAGACAUACCCAACGCAGAUUAUCUGAAUUCGAUUAUGCCACAGACUAUGACGGUCAACCUUAUUGUUGCGGUUAUCGAAAUACGACCACCACGGCGCAUUGUGACAAGGCAGUGGAGGAGAGAACAGGAUAUCGUUGAAGCUGUGGUUGGGGAUGAAACUCGGACCGGGUUUGGGGUCACAUUCUGGCUUCCUCCGAGCGACGACGCUGCCGCUCACGGUUGCGGCGAUGACAGCGGAAAGGACAUUCGAACGUCGCUUAUGCGACUUCGACCACGGGAUAUUGUCCUGCUACGCACGGUAGGACUGGGCUGUUUCCGGGAACGGGUCUAUGGGCAAAGUCUGCGAAGAGGGCUAACCAAGAUCGAGCUUCUACACCGACGGCAGGUGGACGCAACGGAUACAAGCGGUAUCUAUAAACUGCGGGACAUACUGAACCACGAGGCCAAGAAUGAUGAUCUGCCGCUGGUGAAAGUGAGCAAGAUGUGUUAUAAUUAG